AUGGACCGUGUGAUGAAGCUAGCAUCUGAGCGUGCCGUGGUGGUGUUCACCCUGAGUCCCUGCUGCAUGUGCCACACAGUGGAGCGUCUGUUUCGUGACCAGCUUGGGGUCAAUGCGCUGGUGCACGAGCUCGACCAGGACCCUAGGGGCAAGGAGAUGGAGAGAGCCCUCCUCAAGAUGCUCGGCAGGGGGCCGUCGGUGCCGGUCGUCUUCAUCGGCGGGAAGCUUGUUGGUGGCACCAACAGGAUCAUGUCUCUACACCUCGGUGGCGAGCUAGUCCCCAUGCUCAAGAGUGCCGGUGCUCUCUGGCUAUAG